AUGAAGUUCUCCUUGAGCAUUCUUUUCCUGGCCUCGACGGUGCUGGGCUUCCCCACCCAAGGCGAGGCAGAUGCAUCCUCUCUGGUCCAGCGGCAAACAGCCAGCCAGAUCACCGACCAGUAUCUCUACAGCAUCACCCUUCCCGCCUUCACUUCCAAGCGAAACGCCCGCGACCCGCCCACUCUGAUCUGGGACUCGGACGGGUGCAGUUCGUCCCCGGAUAACCCGUUCGGCUUCUCCUUUAUCCCCGCUUGCCAUCGCCACGAUUUUGGGUACCGCAACUACAAGAACCAGAACAGGUUCACGGAUGCCGGGAAGUUGAGAAUCGACGACAACUUCAAGACCGAUGCGAGGGGGGUGUGUGAAGCCCUCGCCGAUGUUUACUAUGCCGCUGUGAGGGCAUUCGGUGGGAGCACCCAGGGCAAGCGUGAUGACGAUCUGGUGCGUGAGUACGAGGAGAAGGUGGCCAUUUACAACAAGCUUGUGGCCGAGGCUCAGGAGAAGGGUGAGCUGUGGAGGGUUGAUUGA